CCUCGCCGCCACCUCUCUCUCUCUGCUUCUGCUUCGAUCCAAGGAGAGGAGAGGAGAGGAGAGGAGAGGAGAUAUCUAGAAGCUUCGGGAUGGCGGUGGCGCUCCGGCUCCCCGGGGUCGCGCGCGCGGCCAGGCUCGGGAGGGAGCAGCCGCAUCUUCUCGCGUGCGCCGCGGCGGCUGCUAGGCCGGGAGGGAAGUGUUCGAGUUCGAGGACGAGGGGCUUGGUGGUGCGGUGCCGGAGCGGGGCGCCCGCGGUUGUGCUCAACAAGGACGACGCGGCCUCGGUGGCGGCCGCCUCCGCCGUCGCGACGGGUUUUACUGUCGUCAUGAAGUUCGGUGGCUCGUCGGUGGCGUCGGCCGAGCGGAUGCGGGAGGUGGCCGAUCUCAUACUCGGGUUCCCCGAGGAGAAUCCGGUGGUUGUUCUCUCCGCCAUGGGGAAGACCACCAAUAACCUCCUCCUGGCCGGAGAGAAGGCUGUGAGCUGCGGCGCCCCGAAGGCGUCCGAAAUUCCCGAGCUCGCGGUCAUAAAAGAGCUCCAUGUUAGGACGAUUGAUGAGCUGGGAUUGGAUAGAUCGAUUGUUUCAGGUUUAUUGGAUGAAUUGGAACAACUUCUUAAGGGUAUUGCUAUGAUGAAAGAGCUGACUCCUAGAACACGGGAUUAUCUUGUUUCCUUUGGUGAAUGCAUGUCUACAAGAAUAUUUGCUGCAUAUUUGAAUAAACUUGGGAAAAAGGCUCGGCAGUAUGACGCCUUUGAUAUUGGCUUCAUAACUACUGAUGAUUUCACAAAUGCGGACAUUCUUGAAGCGACAUAUCCCGCUGUUGCAAAGAGGCUACAGGGUGAUUGGAUUGAUGACCCAGCUAUUCCCAUAGUUACUGGUUUUCUUGGGAAGGGAUGGAAAUCAUGUGCUGUCACCACUUUAGGCAGAGGUGGCAGUGACUUGACUGCUACUACCAUUGGUAAAGCAUUGGGAUUAAGAGAGAUCCAGGUAUGGAAGGAUGUAGAUGGUGUGUUGACCUGUGAUCCUAAUAUUUGUGCAAACGCAAUACCUGUACCCUACUUGACUUUUGAGGAGGCAGCUGAACUUGCCUACUUUGGUGCACAGGUUUUGCAUCCCCAAUCAAUGAGACCAGCCAAAGAAGGUGGUAUACCAGUUAGAGUUAAGAACUCGUAUAACCGUCGUGCACCUGGUACUGUUAUUACUAAAACAAGAGAUUUGAGCAAGAGUAUAUUAACGAGCAUUGUAUUGAAAUCAAACAUUACUAUGCUGGAUAUAGUUAGCACAAGGAUGCUUGGUCAGUAUGGUUUUCUGGCAAAGGUUUUCUCAAUAUUUGAAGAUUUAGGUAUCUCUGUUGAUUGUGUGGCUACUAGUGAAGUCAGUAUAUCAUUGACACUAGAUCCAUCAAAACUAUGGUGUCGUGAAUUGAUCCAGCAGGAGCUGGAUCAUGUGGUCGAAGAGCUUGAAAAGAUUGCAGUUGUCCAUCUACUGCAGCGCAGGUCUAUCAUAUCACUGAUAGGGAAUGUACAGAGAUCUUCAUUGAUUCUUGAGAAGGUGGUUGAGGCUUUUAAUGUUCUACGGAGAAAUGGCGUUAACGUCCAGAUGAUCUCACAAGGAGCAUCCAAGGUGAACAUUUCAUUGGUAGUCCAUGAUAGCGAGGCGAAACAGUGUAUACAGGCACUUCAUUCAGCGUUUUUUGAGAACGGCUUCUUGUCAGAAGUUGAGGGAGAAGAUCUUCUACAUAAUGGCUCUCCCGUGAACUCAAAUGGUGUCAUUUAUGGAAAUUAGCCGACCUAGACCUUGUGUUUGGUACAGCUGAUUCUACAGAUAGAACCAUUUGUGCCUGCUACGAGCUACUCAGAUAUCAUCAGUCUCAGUUUGCAUUUGGAGCUUCU